AUGGAGCCGGGCCGGGCCCUGCGGGACGCCGGCUGGGCGGCCCUGCUGGUGCUGUUCGCGGCCUCGCUGCUCACGGUGCUCGGCUGGCUGCUGCAGUCCGCGCGCGGCUGGUGGCGGCGGGGGGUGCCCGGGGACCGGAGCCCGGGACCCGCUCCGGCGGCCGAGCCCGGGGGGCCCCUGCGGGAGCUGGGAGCGUGGCGCUCGCUGCUGAGGCUGCGGGCCGCUCCGACCGGCGCCCCGGGGGAGCCCGGCGUCCGGGGCCUCCUGGCGUCCCUGUUCGCCUUCAAGUCUUUCCGGGAGAACUGGCAGCGGGCGUGGGUGCGAGCGCUCAACGAGCAGGCCUGCCGGGCCGGGAGCUCCAUCCAGAUCGCCUUUGAGGAGGUGCCCCAACUCUUACCCAGAGCCAGCAUUGGUCAUGUGACCUGUGUAGACCAAUCAGAGAACACCAUGGUGCUGCAUUGUCAGCUCUCUGCUGAGGAGGUGAUGUUCCCAGUUUCUGUGACCCAACAGUCCCCCGCUGCCGUCUCCAUGGAGACCUACCACGUCACUCUGACACUGCCACCAACACAGUUGGAAAUUAACCUAAAGGAAGUCCCUGGCGAGGGGCUCCUUGUGUCCUGGGCCUUCAGGAACCGCCCAGAACUCAGCCUGACUGUGCAUCCCAAGCUGCAGGCCAGAGAGAGAGGUGAGGAGCAGGUGGAGGUCUCCACGAUUGCGGAGCUGAUAGAGGAUGCCAUCGUCAGCACCCAGCCAGCCAUGAUGGUCAACCUCAGGGCGUGCUCUGCCCCUGGAGGGCUGGUGCCCGGUGAGAAGCCCCUCACGCUGUCCCAGGCCCAGCCAGCCAGCCCCAGGCCCACCCGGUUACUCCUGCGGCAGCUGCGGGCCUCGCACCUGGGGAGUGAGCUGGAAGGCACCGGGGACCUGCGCUGCGCGGCCGAGCUCGACAACCCCGCGCAGCAGAGGUGGACCAAGCCCGUGAGGGCGGGCCCCGAGGUGGAGUGGACGGAGGACCUGGUCCUGGACCUGGGCCCCCAGAGCCGGGAGCUGGUGCUCAGGGUGCUGAGGAGCAGCCGCGGUGGAGACGCCGAGCUCCUGGGCCAGGCCACAGUGCCCGUGGGCUCCCCUUCCAGACCGCUAUCCCGGAGACAGGUGUGCCCGCUCACCCCAGGGCCCGGGACCGCCCUGGGACCCGCAGCCACCGUGGCAGUGGAGCUUCAGUAUGAGGAGGGUUCCCCCCAGAACCCCACCCCCUCCACGCCACGCCCCAGCAUCACACCUACCAAGAAGGUCGAGCUGGACCGCACCAUCAUGCCUGAUGGCACCAUUGUCACCACGGUCACCACUGUCCAGUCCCGGCCUCGCAUUGUAGAUGGCAAAUCAGCAGACUCCCCCUCCCGCUCCCCGUCCAAGGUGGAGGUGACCGAGAAGACCACGGUGCUGAGUGAGAGUGGCGGCCCCAGCAGCGCCCCCCCCAGCAGCAGCCGGGAGAGCCACCUUGCCAAUGGCCUUGACCCUGUGGCAGAGACGGCCAUUCGCCAGCUGACAGAGCCCAGCGGGCGGGCAGCCAAGAAGACACCCACAAAGCGGAGCACCCUCAUCAUCUCAGGUGUUUCCAAGGUGCCCAUUGCGCAGGACGAGUUGGCGCUGUCGCUGGGCUACGCAGCCUCUCUCGAGGCCCUGGCGCAGGACGAUGCCGGAGACGGCGGCCCCGCUGCCCCGCCCUCCGACCCCCCAGCCGCCUUCCCGGGAGCCCCGGAUGCCCUCUGCAGCCCUACCAGUGUCCAGGAGGCCGAUGAGACCACGCGCUCGGACAUUUCCGAGAGGCCGUCUGUGGAUGAUGUUGAGUCGGAAACAGGCUCCACUGGUGCCCUGGAGACCCGCAGCCUCAAGGAUCACAAAGUGAGCUUCCUGCGCAGCGGCACGAAGCUCCUCUUCCGCCGGCGGCCCCGCCGGAGGGAGGCCGGCCUGAGCCAGUCGCACGAUGACCUCUCGGACUCCAUGGCCUCGCCCGGCGUCCGCAAGAAGGCCGGCAGCUUUUCCCGCCGCCUCAUCAAGCGCUUCUCCUUCAAGGCCAAGCCCAAGGCCGAUGGCAGCCCCGGCCCGCAGCUCUGA